AGGCUGUUUGGCCCAAGGCGUAGCGGCACAAGGCCGCCGCAACGCCUGAUGCGCCCCGCCGCCCUGGCAGCCGCUGCCAGUGCAUCAAGGGCAACCACAUGUCAGCGGGUAUCGCGCUGAGCGCUAUACUACCAUCGGCCGCCGCGGAUCUCCAGGAUCCCCCUGAGAAUGAGGACGGCACGGCGGACUGGAUACCUGUGAGGCUCCGGGCGCGGUGUGCUUCGCAGCCUUCCGUCGCCAGUCGGCCCGGAAGCAGCCGCGGCUUCUCGCUGAGGAGGAAUUCGGUCAUCGGCAAGAUAGCAAACGCGAUGCCCCAGAUGCCCGGCAACAAAGCCCAGGUGCUGCUCGCGCGAGUCUGCCAGGAGGAGGAGUCCUUCGUGUGCUACAGGGCGCCCUCCGCUUCGUCGCCGCUGAGCAGGUCCAGGAGCCCCGCCGCGGGCAGGGAGAAGGCCGACAGCGACCUGGAGCUGGUGCUGCGCGUGCCCCUGUGCUGCGCGCUCGUGGCCCUCGUCGGCGACACGGCCGUCACCCUGACGAUGCCCGCCCAGGAUCUGGUGGAGAAGCUGAGGGGCCUCCGAAAGCCUGCCUGCGAGCUGUUCAGCACCCUGAAGGGCCAGCCCCAGUGCGACCAGCCGAGCGCCCCCCAGAGCUGGACCUGGGAGUGCAAGACGCCGGAGGCCGCGUCCCUGCUGCUCGAGCGCCUGCAGGCGGCCGGCUGCAUUGUCCAGGGCCUGCAGCGGAGGUACCAGCUGAUGGAAGUGAUCGGGAACGGCAGUUUCGGGGUGGUCUUGAAGGCAGAGGACCGGCACACGGGCACGACUGUGGCCAUCAAGGUGUUCACGAAGGAGUACGACGAGAAGCUGAUGCACCCGCUGCUGGAGGCCACCAUCUUGAGGAGCCACCACCACGAGAGCAUCCUAGAGAUCUUGGGCGUUUACGCGGUCACCGAGCAGGAAACUCUGGACAUGCUGGGCGUUGAGCUUCCCAUCACGUACGCGAUCGUCUCCGAGUUCCUCGCGGGCGGGGAGCUGCUCGAGCACCUCCAGCGCUCAAAGUGGUUCUCCGAGGACGCCGCGCGCUGCCUGGCGAAGCAGCUGCUGUCCGCCAUCUGCCGGCUGCACGAGGGCUCCAUUGUCCACAGGGACAUCAAGCUCGAGAACCUGAUCCUCACUGGUACCGGCAACGCGCUGAAGCUGAUCGACUUCGGGCUCUCCGCGUUGGUCAGUGACCGCGAGGCGAUGAGCAUGAAGGCGGGCUCGCCGGGGUACAUUGCUCCAGAGGUGCUCAGCGAACCGCUGACGUGCAAAGCCGAUUGCUUCAGCACCGGCGUCAUACUCUACAUCCUGCUGACAGGCGAGACGCCCUUUCCUGGAAAGAACGCGAAUGAGGUACUAGUCAAGAACAUGCGCUGCCAGGUGAACAUGUCCCCGCUCGCGAAGGUCUCGGCCGAGGCCAAGGACUUGGUGAUGGGCCUCUUGCGAAAGAACCAGCGGGAACGCUUGUCAGCGGCUGCGGCGUUGGACCACGUCUGGUUCACGCAGCCCGCCACGCCUGCUGCGCCAGUGGCGCCGGCCACACCCAGGACUGGGCCAGCGGCGCCCAGGGGGCGCCACCUCCCCGGCCUCAGGACGCCGCAGCACUUCAUCACUCGACGGUCGCCUGAAACUUGUAGGGCUGCUGCCCUGACCAGGAGGCCAGAUGCCACGCCCGCCGUGGAGCUGGACCUGGGGGAAAGCCUGCCGCACAAUGCCAGCGUGGUCAGGCGCAGGGUCCUGUCACCGGAGAGCGACCGCAGGCCGUCCCCCACGGCAACUCCCCGGGCGACCGGUGCCAGCGCCGCCAGGGCCCUCGCCGCCUCCGCCGUGGCAGCCGCGGCGGUGCCGCCACGCCAGGACUGGGCCUCGGGAGGCCCCUCGGCGGCGGCCGCCAACGCCUGCGCCCCACCGGAGCCGCAGCGCAAGGGCUUCUGCGUCUCGGUGGCGCCGCCGUCGACGGCGGAUGCCGCGCCGCACCUGCUCGACGGCGGCGCCGAGUGCCCGCCGCAGCGGAAUACGUCGCCGGCACCGGCGGUCGAGCGCUUCACGAUGCAGCACGGCCGCAUGCAUGAGGCCCUCUCGGCCAGCAGGCACUGCGCUGCGGACGCCGCGCCACGGAGCAGCUCGGCACGCCCCGUGCAGGCGUGGUCGAAGCAGGCGGUGCCAGACCGCGUCAGCUUCGUGGAGAGGGCGGAGAGGCCCUCGUUCAGGACGGAGAGGCCCUCGUUCCACAGCGAGGCCCCCUCGCACGUGAGGAAGGCGCGCAAGCUGCCGAGGCCUGAGGAGAAGUCGCACGGCCUCUUCGCGGUCACGCCACACGCCAGUGCACCGGGGCAGGAGGGCCCGGUUGUGCUGCUGGCGGAUCCGGACAAGGCUGGCAUCGGCGCGGGAUUGGCGCGCGUCCGGCUGCCGACCCAGCCGCCCCCCAUGAGGUACAGAAGACCCGUGGGGCUCCAGCACCACAGGCUCAGCAGCCUUCAGCGAAGCUGAAUGGCGGCGCGACCGUCACGCCGCCGCCCGCCACACCGCUGCCCCUGUGGGGGCUCGCUCGUCUAUCAGUGGUGCUUCAGAACGAUGCGCGCAGACGCUCAAUCUGUCUUCUCGUUUCAACGUUUACCACGACGGUGGUGCGACCCCUUUUGAAAAAACCCUGGCAGGUCCGAGACAGCCUCUUGCUCUUUUCCAGAAGCUGUGCUCACACUGAGGAGCUCCUAUUGCGAAGGCCUCAGGGCCGGUGCCGCCGACCCUGAAGGGGGACGACGACGACGACGCUUUGGCCUCUUGGGGGUGCUCUUGGGGCUCUCCUGAGCCUCUUGCGUGCUUCUCGGGGUGCUUCUCGCACGCGCCGGCAGGGUCAGCGGACUCGGUCUGCUGCGGCUGGGUGACCUGGGGGUUCGCCCGCCCCGUGCGAUGGCCGCGUGUGGCAGGGACUCUCGGCGGCGAGCCUGAGGGGAAGUGAGAGUGGGCGGGCCCUCUCCUCAGGAGGCUCGGAAGGCCGCUUGCCCUUGCUAGAAGCUCUCGAAGUCUUCCCAGCAGACAGACACGGCUUCGCGGAAGCUGCCCGAGCCUCCCCCAACGGCGGAGAGAAGGAGGA